UGCAAAUUACAAUGGCCAGGCUCGUAUGAGAGAGCGUCUCACAGCAGCAGCCGCGGCGGAUCCACUGACAACGAGGCGCAAACUAGGCGGAAUAUUACACAUUUCUGAGACAAAGGUUAAUGUGGUAUCUGAAGCAGCUCUCUGGGGUAGUUGUCAGUCGUGGAUUCCUGAGGCCUGUCUCUAUAGCAACCCAUUCCUCCUCCUGAGCACUGCUGCCAACCUACCCACUCUAACACGCGACAGUCACUCUUCUGCCCAAUCACCAGGUCUGAGCUCUGUUGGAAUGGACACUGAGUCGACACACUCAGGCUACUCUUAUCACUCCAGUCGCUCUGGGAGGUCAAACCGCCAUGGAGAUCGAAGUCGUGAACGACACAAAGCCAGCAGCAGUAAAGACAGCAGUCGCUCUGAGAGAUCCGUCGUCAUCAAUCCCCCUGACACACCGUCCCAAGACUCCCCAGUUCACAAUGGAGAACCGCUGCCUGGAGAACCCACACCAGCAGCAGAUCAUGGGGAUGAGGCUCAGGAUGAUAACUGGGGAGAAACCACCACAGCUGUGACCGGCACAUCAGAGCUCAGUGUUUCCCAGGAAGAAGUUGUUGGCCUGGGAAAGGAAAUACAGGACCGAACCCACAAUUUCCGCCGGUAUCUCCCCCUGGCUGUGGGCAUAUGUGUGGGGCUGCUGGUGCUGGCAACACCACUGGUCUUCCUGCUUCUUCCGACAGUAAUGUGGUCCGACAGACUGCAGGCUUGUGGUGCAGCUUGUGAGGGCCUCUUCCUCUCCAUCUCUUUCAAGCUACUCAUUCUCCUGGUUGCUAUUUGGGCUUUGUUUCUGAGGCCAGGACGGGCCUGCCUGCCAAGGGUGUGUGUGUAUCGUGCCUUCCUCAUCACACUCACACUCCUGCUCACCAUGUCUUAUUGGCUCUUCUAUGGAGUCCGAAUCCUUGAUGCACAGGAUGAGGAUUACCACGGUAUCGUCCAGUUUGCAGUUUCCCUUGUGGACUCCCAGCUGUUUGUUCACUACCUGGCUGUGGUGUUGCUGGAGCUCCGCCACCUCCAUCCCUGCUACAGCGUGUGUGUCAUCCGCUCCACUGACGGAGAAACGUGUCACUACAACAUAGGACAGCUCAGCAUUCAAAGGGCUGCAUUGUCCAUUUUGGAGUAUUACUACAGAGACUUUCCACUCCACAACCCUGCCCUUCUCUCUGCCUCUAAGCACCGGGCUGCCAAACACCUGGCUGGGUUAAAGGUCUACAACGUAGAUGCCCCAGGGAGCACAGCAGCAGCUCAGCCCAGUAAUGGAAAUCAGUCACGGCCUAUGGUUACACCUGCUGGCAAACGCAAAGACAAUGCACACAAUGAGUUGUACUAUGAAGAAGCAGACUACGAGAGAAGAGUCCGCAAACGUAGAGCCAGACUGGUGGUGGCUGUGGAGGAGGCCUUCACACAUGUCCGUCGCAUGAAGAAAGAGGAUGAAAACUCGACACCGUCUGACAUUAUGGAUGUGCGUGAAGCAGCUUUGGCCAUAUUUCCAUCAAUGGCUCGUGCCCUACAGAAGUACCUCCGCACCACCAGGAGACAGCACUGCCACAGCAUGGAAAGCAUCCAGAAGCACCUUGCUUUCUGCCUUGUCAAUAACAUGAGCCCUAAGGCCUUCCUUGAGGCCUACCUAGCUCCUGGUCCAACCCUGCAGUACGGCCCAGAGCGCUGGAUGGCAGACCAGUGGACUUUGGUCAGUGAGGCUUCUGUCACCAGUGGUAUUAAGGAGGGCACAGAGUUCCUCUUGAGGUGUCUUGAUUUUAGCUUAGCAGUCACUGUCAAGGGCAUCCCUUACAUUCGUUUGACAGAAGAGUACAUCGACCCCAAGUCCCACAAGUUUUUACUGCUGCUCCAGUCAGAAACCUCAGUUUAGUAGCGACACAGUCGACCAACGCUGCCACUGUUGACGUACAGAACUUUUACAGUCAUCCAACUGAAUUUUUCAAGUGUAACCUUUUGUACUGUUUUUGUAUUCAUCACACAGAUCAUCUUUGUCUUCAUCAUGGAAGACUUGAAAGAUGAUAAAUAGCAGAAAACAAGGAGAAAUUGGCCUGAAUUUCUCUGUGUGGACAUUUGCAGGACACAGUUUAGUUUCUCCUCUAUGCACUACAGGUGACCCUCACACAUACACCCAUUGUCCUCUGUCUGCAUGUGUCAGUGUGUGCCUGUAUAGGAAAGUUUGGAUAUUGGGAAGUCUAUUUAGAUUUAAGAUGCAAAACUGUGUGCACUUGCGGUUUUUCAUUGAGGUGUACACUGGGGUCUGUCUUGACUGAUUCAAUAUAAACCGAUAU